UUUUGAAAACUAAUGCUUUCAUCGAAGGAUCCUACCCUGAAUUUUACCCAAAUUUUGGAGCUAUUAAAACAUAAAUUAAAUCUUUUAUAAAUUACUUGGAAUUUUUGAGAUAUCUUAUAACUAUACCUGGUGCGAGUUGAGUUAAGGUUUACGCUUGAAAAUUAUCGUAUCUGUGAAAAAUCAAAGUUUUCACCAUAUUUCAGAGGACACUCGUGCGCAUCGAUUGAUACCAAAUAAUUGUGUUAUUUUUGUUGAUGACUUUUACCUAAACCAACCAGACUAAAAUGUCAACAACAGAUUCAAGUACCGGAAUGUCUGACAUGGAAGAGAAGAAAAAUUUUCUUCGAGUAGUAACUGCUUUGAAUUCUGAAGGAAAAAAGUGUUUGCGACGUUUACUUGACAACUACUUAAAGCAUCACGAUAAUAAUCUUUUGGACUACUAUAAAAGUAUAAAAGAGGAAAGAAGAGAAAAGUUCGAAUAUCUAAUCGAACCAUCCGUCAUAAAAAAUUUCGACAUCACAGAUUUACAUGCUGCUUUACGUUAUGUACAUGACAAGAACACGACAUGGGAAGGGUGGGGAGAGGGAGAGAGCGAUGAGAUGUUCAAAGCUGCUACAAAUAUUAAGAAUAUGCGCAACAGACUAUUUCAUCUACCCUCUGAGAAUUUGAAGUAUGACGACUUCAAGGAUAUUAUGGAUAAAUUGAAGGAAAACAUCAUUAAGUUAGGUGGUGAGGCUCAAGUAGUUGACGAUUUUAGGAAUGAACAAUUUGGUUCUCCUAUAGUCAUACAAGCGUUUCUGGAAAUAGUACAUGAUUCUAAGAAGUAUUUUGAACAGGAGGAAAGACAUGAUAGAUACAUACAAGAAUCCGUUGACGUUAGUCAGUCAUUCCCCUCUGGAAUACAGUCAUUAAACAUAUCGGCGCUGGAAGUGAUGCAGAAUAGCUCGAUUACAUUUUCAACGACACCACGAAAUGUUAACAUUUCACGCAUGCGAAUUGACAGAGAAAGCCGUGCAAACUUUGCCAAUGAAUUAGUACAGCCGCAUACCAAAAUAUCAGUGCAACGUCAAGAGCAAGUUGCAAAAUAUGGUGGAGCUCAAGCAUCAAGCUCCGAUCAAACAACAGAAUCAAGGAUGUGAUUGAGAAGAAAAUGAUGAAGCUUAGAAAAUGUAUUGUCACAGUAGCUAUAGAAUGUACAUAGGCCUACUGUAGUUUUCAUGAUUUGAAUACAUUGAUGUCCGUUGGUUCAGGUACGGUAUAUAAGAUGUGAUAGAGAAGAAAAUAAGCUUAGAAAAUGUUUGCAUUGUAUUUUCAUUGUAGCUAUAGAAUGUACAUACAGGAGUUUUUAUGAUUUGAAUGUCCGUUGGUUAAAUUAAGAUGUGAUUGAGAAGAAAAUAAUGAAGCUUAGAUGAAAAUGUUUGCAUAUUUUCAUUGUGGCUAUAGACUGUAUGUAAAUAGUUUUCAUUAUUUUACUACAUUGAUGUCAAUGUUGGACAUAAUUAAAAUGAUUUUAAAAUGCUUUUCAAUAAUUUGAAAGCUAUUAGCGAUAUCGUAAUUUUAUAGUAAAUGUUCCUAAUAUUUUUAACAAAUUUCUUAAUGCUACUUAGUAAUAAUAGGCCUAAUCGUCAUUUAUGUAGCGUCAUUUAUGUAGAGCCAUUUCCUCGCGGUUGCACAAGAGCGCCUGUUAGGGAGCAGAAUCAGUGAACCAUAAGAAAAACUACAAUUCAGUGUAAAAUUAUUAAUUUGUCAUAUUUUAAAAUGUUGUACCGAACACUUUCAGCAAGUAGUAUAUAGUCAAAUAGUUAUGUAAUAGUCUUCGUUUUAUUUGCUAAUAUACAAAACAUACACUUUAGUAUGUUUUGCAUGGAUUUAGAGAAGACAGUUGCCCUAGGAUAUAGAGUAAAAUAAAAUCCCGGCUGUCCAACAUCAUAAUCAUCAUCACCAUGCCGCCGCCACCAUUAUUUCUCCAUCCCAUUAUUCCUCCAACCGGAUUUACUCUUACAACUCACAGGAUGCUAGCAGAGUGUCUAUACUUGCCAGAAGCGGGCAGUAGACACAAAAAUUUUAAUCAACUGUAUGUGUACUUGCAUAAAGACUUACACAAAUUUCAGUAACUUAACGACAUUGUACACUGGCAAUGUCAGAAACCUGCUCAACCUACUGGAUCACAGGGAUCCAUGAGAACACAAGAGUCCAAUGUCCUCCUGACUGAUGGUAUUAUUCAUAACCAAAGUCAAGGUUGCUUUUCCUUUGCUCACAUUAUUGUGAGGAGUAUAAUUAAUAAAAUUGAUCACUUUAGAAUAUUGUUAUCCAAAAAUCCAUUUGAUGUCAUCUUUUUAAAUGAAACGUUUUGUGACUCAUCAAUCUCAGCGAACGACGAUAUUAAUCUUCCUGAAUAUUCCCUUGUAAGGAAAGAUAUAAAUCGCCACGGGGGAGGGCCUGACUUUUAGUCGUCGAGAAAACUUAGAAACAGAUGAUGUCGAAUGCAUCCGGGUUGAAAUUAAAUGCAAAAAAGGCGGCCUAUACUUAUCUGUUCUAUUUAUAGACCGCCCUCAAGUUCGAUUGCCUUUAUUGACAAAUUGAAUGAAAUUAUCGAAAAAAGCGUCUUGUGAAUGCAAACAAAUAAUUGUACUUGGUGAUUUUAACAAUGAUAUAUCAGACGACAAAAAUAGUACCAAUCUUUCAUCCACAUGCUUCUAUUUGUUUCAAAUGACGCAACUCAUACACGACCUAACCCGCGUCACUAAUUCCAUCCAAACCACGAUCGAUCUUAUUGUUAGCUCGAAGCCUGAGGUAAUACUUGAAUGUGGUGUCUUACCUGUACUCAUUAGUCGUUAUGUUAAUUUUAGAUGUUUUAACAACUUAGAUAAUGAAACUUUCCAACGCGAUCCCCUGAAUGUCAUGGGAAAAUGUUCUAACCUGUCACAGGGUUGAGGAGGCAUAGAGUCUAUGGCACUCUCUAUCUAUGGGUGUCAUUAACCAUCACGUUCCGAUAAAAUCCAAACGCGUUCGAAGUACCUCUUUACAUUGGCUUGAUGUUGAAAUUACCCGACUUAUGCGUCAACGCGAUCGCACUCAUGAAAUUGCAAAACAAUUUAAUUCUCAAAACGAUUGGGACGCAUACAAAAGACUACGGAAUAUCGUAACUAACAGCAUCCGUAAAAAGAAAAACGAAUAUUUCACAUCAUCCAUUGAAGCAUCAAAGGUAAUGCAUCAAAGGUGAUGAAAAGUUAAAAGAGGCUCUUCCGAAUAAACCGAAAUCAGUUCCAAAUUCUAUCACUUCCAAAAAUGGAAAAAAUGUUAAAUAUCAAGCCGAAAUUGCUGAUAUAUUUAAUGAACAUUUCUCCACAAUUGGAGGACGUAUGGCAAGUAGUGACGACGUCACGCGCGAAUUCGAAAUGGACAAUGUCAAUUUAUCUUUUUCUGAACCAAUUCAGUCAUGUACUCUGCCUAAUAUCACGGAAGAUUUUGUUCGAAAACAAAUCACAUCAAUGUCGGCUAGCAAAGCAACUGGUCCGGAUGGCGUUAGUGUAAAAAUGUUGAAGCUUGUUAAUAUUGGUGGGAAAUUGUCAACAUCUUUGCUAUUAAACACUGGCGUGCCACAAGGAUCUAUUUUGGGACCACUUUUAUUUAUUAUUUAUACCAGUGAUUUGCCACCUUGUAUCUCUCUAAAAAGUAAACUAUUUAUGUAUGCUGUUGACUUAACGUUAACCUGUUGCUCCUCCAGUGUUAAGGAUAUUGAAAAUAAAUUAAAUGUAGCAUUGGAAAUAGUUAACGAUUGGGCCAUUAGAAACAAACUUACAAUUAAUUUAAACAAGACUAAAUCCAUGCUCGUUGGAUCCAAAAAGAAAAUUUCCAACGUAGACUUUAAUGUCACUCUUGCCCAUACUGUAAUUGUUAGAACGAAAUCAUUAAGUGUCUUGGUGUCAUCAUUGACGAAACUUUUGAGUUGGACACUACAUGUUGAAUUUGUCAAGAAAACAGUUUCAUCCAAACUGGGUACUAUGUUAAUUAGAAUAGGUAAUUGUGUCCCCAAAGAAGCCUAAACACCCUGUUCGUAAGCUUAGUUAGGCCAUCUUUGGACUAUUGCUGCACUGUAUGUGGAGGUCGUUACAUAUUCCACAAUAACUUACUUAACAAGUGUAUAAAAAGAGCAGCUAGGAUGGUUUUAAGGUGUGAUUUUCUUACCCCAUCUGCAGAUAUGUUUGCACAACUCAGUUGGCUUUCGUUUUCUGAAAGGGUUACGUAUAAAAAGCUAUACUUGUUGAUACAUUUAUUAAACAAUUGACACCUUUAUACAUGAUAAACCUUUUCACACCGUUAUUGCAAGCUCUUGAAACGAGACAGUCAACUAUUAUGAAGUUGAAGGUUCCUUUUUCGAAAAGCGAAAGUUAUUCCACGAGUUUUAAGGUGACCGGGGCGAAUAUAUGGAAUGACUUAGAUAUUGAUUUGAGAACUGCGACUUCUCUAAACAUAUUUAAAUACAAAUUGUACGAGGCACUAAUUAAGAAAAUAUAACCAGUUACGACCAUGUGCUUUAAAUGCAGGGCCCCAAUGGAAAUCAGUGUUUUAACUGUUUGGGCUACCCUGGGUAAAUAAAUGUAAAUAAAUAAAUAAAUGAAAAAAGGAUAUCGCCUCCUUUCCGGCUGAUGUCACUGGUUUACCAUAUUUAUAGUUUUACAUUUGUUGAUAUUUCAAUAUCUAAAUAAAUCUAUGAGAAAUAAUUGGAGGUCUUCGUUGUUUGGGUCUUUCGUCUUCGUUUUGUAGACACCCAUGUAGGGUGUCUAUAAAAUGAAGACCCUUGAAAAUUUCACAAACAGACGCCCAAAAAAAUUCGUAAUUUUGAUUUUGUGACAGCCUGGUGUAUUAUCAUCAAAAUAAAAGAGAAAAAAUAGGGGUCUUCGUUUUUGGGACUUCGGUCUUCGUUUUAUAGACACCCGUUUCGAAGAAGCAAGUUUCCAAAGUUUAAUGAACAACCUUUGACAACAAAUGUUCCAUUUUAACUGCAUGAGGUGAGCGACCUUCGGUGGAUCAUAAAAUGAAAAAACUCCGGACUGAACAUGGAAGAAUAUAAUUGACUGACUCUGAUUUCCGAGUGUCAAUGUAAUAUGGCAAUUAACUCAACACUGCCUCAUCAUCAACCUCAUCAUCAUCAUCACCAUCGUCAGCACUACCAUCAUUAUUAUCAUCACCAUCACUAACUACCAUCACCAUUGUUAUCUACUCCAAACAAUCACAGACACGGGGAGAGUAAAUGCGUAAGCAGGCCUUCUGUACACUUAUUGUGUAUUAUACCGUAUUCAAUUUAAAAUCUUGGUACUUUCAUCAUAUUAGCCUACUGGUUAAGUUAAAGAUAUUUAUCAUUUUAUGCAUUACGCAGCUUUUUUAGAUAUUAGGCAUAGUGAAUAAA